GCGGCGGCGACGACGACCCGGCCCACCACCUGGAUGCCAGAGCCGAAACGAGUGCCGGUGCCAGGGCGGUCGAGAACGAGGCCGCAGCCGAUCCGGCCGAUCCCACAAAGACCGGGACCGCGGCAGAGACCGCGGCAGAGUGGUGGCGUGAUCGCGAAGACAAUUCCAGGGGCUACAGCCUAGUCAGCAGCCGAGGCAGCGGAAGCCGGGGCAGAAAGGGCGGCAACAAGAACCAGAAGGGCCAUGGCCGCCGUUCCCGUGAAGGGAAAAAGGCAUGGUGGGAUGCUAAGGCGGAGGAGGAGGAGGAGGAGGAGGAGGUGUUUGGGCCCUUCGGUCAGAUCCCGGCCUUCAAGGUCCACCCAGAUGGACUGGGAUUGCACCUGCUGCACAACAGCGGGUGCCAGAGCAAGCAGCUCGAGAUCGAGACCGGCCAAGAGCGGGACCGCACGUUCACUUGCAAAAAGUGUAACAAGCGGUUCUGGACCGAGUGGGACUUGGAGCAGCACGCUGGGCGAUGCAGUUGGGCGGUGGCGGAGGACCAGGACCCGGUCGGGCCCCGGCCGGAGCUCCCGCCGACCGAUUCCGCUGCCGACUCUGCCGAGCCACCCACUCGUCUCCGAGUGUAUGCGGACCUUGUGGAGCUGGGGAAAAACCUGCUGCGAUGA